AUAUAUACAUAUAUUUAAGUAUAAUUAAAUCUUAAUUACUUGGAAUAUUGAAUCAGUUUAAUUUGCUAUUCAUGUAUUUAGCAAGAGCUUUAGUCCCUUCGCGCUAACAGCGUGUUUGGAGAGAUCACCAGGAAAUAUUAAUCUUACAGCAGAUAGUACUUCACGAGAUGUAAUAGUUGAACGUUCGGUAUAUUGAGCCAAUGUCGUGGAUUCGGCAGCAAAAUGUCCGAAGAUAUCAUUAACGAAACUGUUCAUAAUUCCCAUAGCUUUACUCGAGAUUCCGAUGUCCGGGUGUAUUUGUUUUGAUACUUUGUAAAUAUAUAGAGCUUAACUUUCUUUUCUCUUCUUUUUCUUAUUAUCGGCUUUACCUACUGUAUUCUUCUGAGCUUUACUGGUCUUUAUUAUCAUUUUAACACCAACUUUGCCGCCACUUUCUCUUAGUGCCAUAGUAGAAAAAUAUAUUCUUUUCUUUGUAAAAGACAAAUAUUAGACUAUUUAAAAUGACUCAAACGAAACAAACAGAACAUUUUUUUAUGCGUCUUUUUGAUAUAUGUAGGAAGUAUUGAAACAGACCAAUCAAAACGUAGCAUCGUUUGGCGUGGUGCUAUUCGUGCUUAAAGAGUAGGGGAGAGGGGAAUACAUAAAUACCUUAAUUUUUCCAUCAUUUUUGUUAUUCUACUAGUUGCCAACGUAGAAGCUUAUUUAAUUUUCUAGUAAACUUAGAGCUUGAAUUUUAAAAAAUGUCAGGACGUGGUAAAGGCGGUAAAGUGAAGGGUAAGGCAAAAUCUCGUUCGAACAGAGCUGGAUUACAAUUUCCAGUUGGUCGUAUUCAUCGUUUGUUGAGAAAAGGUAAUUACGCUGAACGCGUUGGUGCCGGAGCACCAGUUUACUUAGCUGCAGUAAUGGAGUAUCUUGCUGCUGAGGUUUUGGAAUUGGCUGGCAAUGCUGCACGCGAUAACAAAAAGACGCGAAUUAUUCCAAGACAUUUGCAAUUGGCCAUUCGCAACGACGAAGAAUUGAACAAAUUGUUGUCUGGUGUUACUAUCGCUCAAGGCGGAGUUUUACCAAACAUUCAAGCUGUUUUAUUACCCAAGAAGACUGAGAAGAAAGCAUAAUUAAUAUGAUAACUGAAUAAGAAUUUGAAAAAAAAAAAAAAAACAUCAGAUAGUAUUAGCCUUACAAGUAUAUGUGUCUACGAAGAAAAUAUUUGUAUUUGUUCACAAACUAUACUUUUGGUGGUACUUUCUGGUCAAAGGUUAACAAAAUUAAAAAAUCAAUGUCAUAUCAACGACAAAAUAUUUUAGAAAUUUUUAAAAGAAAAACAUUCCAUGGGACCAAAUCUUAAUAGCAUUGAGUACCUUAAAUCCGAAAUGUUUACACAAAUAUAUUGUAUUUAUUCAAGAUCAAUGUGACGCAUUGUCUCAACUUAACCUUAUUAAGAAUAAAGAAAUAAUGUGUUAUGGCACGUUGGAAAUUUCAUUAAAUGUACUGAAAUAAAACAUA